AUGGGUUGCCCUUCAGGACCGAAUACACUAGUCUUCAUCUCUGAGGUGAUAAAAGUGAUCAGCAAAUAUUGUGCAAGCAUAGGUCACCACCCAGUUGACCUUCAGUUCUUCCUGAAUGAUCUGCCUGGUAAUGACUUUAAUUACCUAUUUAAAUCAUUAGAACAACUUGAUAAUUUGGUCACCAAAGAUCAAGACCAAGAAGCAGAUACACUGCCGCAGUACUAUGUUGUUGGAUUGCCAAGAUCCUACUAUACAAGGGUGCUCCCUGACAAGAGUGUUCACCUCUUCCAUUCAUCGUAUUCCCUACAUUGGCUUUCCCCGAUGUUUAAGGAGAGGUGUGAAAAGGAACCCCAAAAUGAAGGAAACGUUUACAUUGCGGUGACUACACCUGAAGAAGUGAUAAAGCUAUACCAGGAGCAAUUUGAAAAGGAAUUCUUGAACUUUCUUGAGUUGCGUUCGGAGGAACUCAUAUCUGGUGGUAAGAUGGUGCUAACUUUUCUUGGACGGAAGAAUGACAACAUAUUUGAUGAAGAUAAAAAUAUUCUUUAUGAAUUAAUUUCACAAGCAUUACAAUCACUUGUCAUUGAGGGCCUCGUGGAGAAGGAGAUGCUUGACUCCUUUAACAUUCCAUUGUAUGGACCAUCGGUCAAUGAAGUUAGAACAGCCAUCAUGCAACAAAAGCUUUUCUCCAUCAACCACAUCAAAAUACUCGAGUCAAGCUGGGAUCCACAAGAUGACGAAUUCGAAGGACAUACUGUGCUAGACCCUGUUGAGUCUGGGGUGAACGUCGCCAAGUCCAUAAGAGCAGUUAUGGAGAGGUUGUUUGCUACUCAUUUCGGGGAGUCUAUAAUGCCAUUGCUCUUCUCAAGGUUCGCAAGCAAUGUCACCAAAUACAUUGAGAAAAACACAACUAGAAAAAGCAUUUUUUCCAACGUGGGAGUCCUAUUUUCGCAGGCGGACAUGACCCAUAGAGUCAAAUGA